AUGUGGCUCAUCAAUACCGAAAGUUUAAAGUUGGAGAGCAUCGUCGACCAUGAAAAGGUCGAAUAUGCAAUCUUGUCACAUACAUGGGCCGAAGAUGAGGUGCUUUGGAGCGAUUUCAAUGACCUGCCGAGAGCGCGGUUGAAGAAAGGUUUCGAAAAGAUUGAAAAGACGUGUGAGCUGGCUCGGGGACGCGGCUUGCGCUACGCUUGGGUCGAUACUUGCUGCAUCGACAAGACCAGCAGCGCCGAGCUGUCUGAAGCGAUCAACUCCAUGUUCCGCUGGUAUCAGGACGCGGCUGUAUGCUUUGUCUACCUAUCUGAUUUGGGCGGCGACAGCGCCGAUUCUUUGCAAGGGGUUCUGGACCAUCUACCCAAGUGUCGAUGGCUGACUAGAGGCUGGACGUUACAGGAGCUCAUCGCUCCGAGGAAUCUUUACUACUUCUAUGAUAACGAGUGGAAGAAUAGCUGGCCAAAAGAAGAUCUGGCACCAAAGAUCUCUGAGAUCACCAGGAUACCUCUGGACAUUCUGCUUCAUCAAAAGAGCCUCGACACAGUCUCUAUUGCGAGCCGGAUGUCGUGGGCCGCUACUCGUGAGACGACAAGGGCCGAAGACAUGUCGUAUUCAUUGCUGGGAAUUUUCGACAUUAAUAUGCCAAUGCUAUACGGUGAAGGCAAAAAGGCAUUCUUCAGGCUGCAGGAAGAAAUCUGCAGGCGGUCAAAAGACCUGACGUUAUUCGCAUGGCAGACCUCACCGGGCACGUCGACCUCCAAAUACCACGGACUGUUUGCCGAACACCCCCGCGACUUUGCCGGCGCGCACGACCUGCAAAUCUCCGACGCCAGGAUGCCGUACACCAGCGAGCUCAGGCUGACCAACAAGGGCAUCUGCCUCAGGGAGACGGAGCUGGCCCUCGUGCGCUCGACGGGGCAUUUCCUCAGCCUCGGCUGCUCGCGUGCGGGAUCCCCGCAUGAUACUUUUAUUCACUUGACCAAGACAAUGGACGGGUUUGUGAGGACGCACGCCGGCGAGCUGGUUGCUUCGCUGCCCGACUCGGCCUGGUGGCUGUCCCCGCGAGACGUGUAUUUGCCCGCGUCGCUCACCUCGGAUGAUGUGCGCAGAAUUGAGCAUCAGGAUAACCACAUGAUCAAGUUUACGGUUGGUUCCAAGGUUACCAUUGCAAAGCAAAUGCCCUACAACUUCUGGGACCCCUUGAACAAAGCCUUCCUAUUGAGUAGUGAUGUUGGCAGCACUUCUGGCGGGGCGGGCAUAUACCAGGGACUACUGGAGCUGAGCAUGUCCUGGAAAGGCCAAUUCCACAAGCGACACCUCAUCUUUGAGCUGCGCGCCGACCCCAGCAAGCCGGGCACUUUGCCGGGGCGACCACGCAUGGUCCUCAAACACAAGGUCGUUGAUGGGUUUCACCGACCCCUCCAGUACUGGUUGGACCGCGACGGGUUCAGGCAGCCCAAGAUGAGCGUCCACUUGCGGCAGGAGAUCAGCCGGGAGCUACUUUCGAACACAUUCACCAAGGAAGGCGAGGGGCUCUCCUCAUGGGCCAUUACUUCUCAGAAGCUGAGUGAGCCUCCUCCCAAGCUCUACGUGGAAGUGCGCAACACGACCGUGGACACGGGGCAAACGUGGGAGUUUGAACUGGCCUGUCGCUGA